CCAGAAACUCAAACAUUACAACAGGAGAUCCUUGCUGGCAGACCCUGAGGGCCAGUCUAGAUGUGUCUACUAGAGGGUGCAGCUGAUUCCAGGAGCAAUCAAGAGGCAGCUGUUUGUGGGAGGCUCCGGCGUAUGGGAUGGAUCUCCCACAUGCCUGGAUUUGCAGCUUCAUAAGGAAUCCUGCACGGUGCCACCCUAUGGACCCAACGGCUGGUUUUUCUGGUUUGCUCCCCCAGGGUGAUUUGCAUAAUUCUUUAAAGAACCCCCAGAAGCUGAAUAACCUGUUUUCAGACCUAGAGAAAGGGGAGCCCCACGGUUGUUUCUCCAAAUCUGGGGCUGGGAAUGGCCACAUGGAACAGGCCAAGCCAGAGGCAGCCUCAGGGGGCCAAGCCAGCUGCAGACGGGGAACCCCAUGUGCCCCUGGGCCGGGAGCUGACAGAGGCCAACCGCUUCGCCUAUGCUGCCCUCUGUGGCAUCUCCCUGUCCCAGCUAUUUCCAGAACCUGAGCAGAGCUCCUUCUGCACAGAGUUCAUGGCAGGCCUGGUGAAGUGGCUGGAGCUAUCCGAAGCCGUCCUGCCAACCAUGACUGCGUUUGCCAGUGGCCUGGGAGGUGAAGGAACAGACACGUUUGCUCAGAUUUUACUGAAGGACCCCAUCCUGAAGGGUGACCCAUCAUCGAUCACUCAGGACCUCCUGAGCUUCUCACUCAAGGAAGGGCGCUAUGAUGCUCGGGCCAGAGUCCUCGUUUGCCACAUGACCUCCCUGCUGCAGGUGCCCUUGGAGGAGCUGGAUGUCCUUGAACAGACAUUCCUUGAAAGCCUGAAGGAAACCAAAGAGGAGGAAUCUGAAACCGCUGAGGCUUCCCGGAAGAAGAAAGAAAACCGGAGGAAAUGGAAGCGUUAUCUACUGAUAGGCCUGGCAACUGUUGGAGGCGGGACAGUGAUUGGUGUGACUGGGGGUCUCGCCGCCCCCCUUGUUGCAGCUGGAGCUGCGACAGUCAUUGGCAGUGCUGGGGCAGCGGCCCUGGGCUCAGUGGCUGGCAUAGCUGUCAUGACUUCGCUGUUUGGUGCAGCUGGAGCCGGCCUGACAGGCUACAAGAUGAAGAAGCGUGUUGGGGCCAUUGAAGAGUUCACAUUCCUUCCCCUGACGGAGGGCAGGCAGCUGCACAUCACCAUUGCCAUCACUGGCUGGCUCGCAUCUGGCAAAUACCGCACCUUCAAUGCCCCCUGGGCUGCCCUGGCCCGCAGCCAGGAGCAGUACUGCCUGGCCUGGGAAGCUAAGUACCUGAUGGAACUCGGCAAUGCCCUGGAGACCAUCCUCAGUGGCCUCGCCAACAUGGUGGCCCAGGAGGCUCUCAAGUACACCGUGCUGUCUGGCAUUGUGGCCGCCCUGACCUGGCCAGCCUCACUCCUCAGUGUCGCCAACGUCAUCGACAACCCCUGGGGGGUGUGUCUCCAUCGGUCGGCAGAGGUUGGCAAGCAUCUGGCCCACAUCCUGCUCUCCCGGCAGCAGGGCCAGCGACCUGUCACCUUGAUUGGCUUCAGCCUGGGAGCCAGAGUCAUCUACUUCUGUCUGCAAGAGAUGGCCCAGGAGAAAGGUUGUCAAGGGAUCAUCGAGGACGUGGUGCUGCUGGGUGCGCCAGUAGAAGGAGACCCCAAGCACUGGGAGCCGUUCCGGAAGGUGGUGUCUGGGAGGAUCGUCAAUGGCUACUCCAGGGGAGACUGGCUGCUGAGCUUUGUGUACCGCACGUCGUCUGCACAGCUCCGCGUCGCCGGCCUGCAGCCCGUGCUGCUGCAGGACCGCAGGAUGGAGAAUGUGGACCUGUCCUUGGUGGUCAGCGGCCACCUGGACUAUGCCAAGCAGAUGGAUGUCAUCCUGAAGGCUGUGGGCAUCCGUACCAAGCCAGGCUGGGGCGAAAAGGGGCUUUUGCUGGCCCCGGGCAGCCAGUCCCAAGAGGAGCCUUGCCAGGCUGCAGCUGCCUCCUCAGCAGGCCAGAUCUCCCCUCAGGAUGGGCAAAUCCAGGAGUCUGCACCUGGAGGCACCCCCACAGUGGCUGAGUCCCCUGACCCGAGCCACACCCAGACACCAGCAGAGUUGCACCAGUCUGACGGGGCCUCACUUCCUGGUGCUGUAGGCCCAGCAGAGAGCCCCCGUGUCUGCAGCCAUGGCUUGGGCCCCAACCCACUAGGCUGCCCCGACUGUGCCCAUGAGACCCAGGAGCUCUGCCCAGGGUUGGACUGACCCCAGCAGGGACCUGAACUGUCUUCCAGUUCUCUACGUGCAGCUCUCUCCUACCCACCCAGGCUCUGGUGAAGGUGGAGAUGUCUACAAGUGCCUUUUCUGAGCUGAAAGAAUGAGGAUUGAAGAGGAGUUGAAGGAAGCAGAACUGGGUGGGGGUAAAAUGUUGCCUCCCUGGGGAAGCAGAGGUAGACUCCUGCACGGUCAGGUGCUCCCUGCACUUCAGAUCCCAGCUGUGAGGUCUGGCUGUCCCUCAGGGGGUCCAGGCAACCUCUGGGGCUAGAGUUAAGCCAGGUGUCUGCCCACUCUUCUAUCCAUGCUCCAGGGCUGCCCCCCACACAUCCCACAGGCCCAGGUGCCAAGGGAGCAGCUUCCUCACUCUGCUCCUGGGAGAUCCAAUCAGGAUCUGUCUUGUACAGCCAUGCAGGUUGUGCACUGCACGGUACAGGGGCAGCAGCCACAAAGAUGUGAAAGAGCCAUGCCCUGAAGUUGUGCAUCUCAGCAGGUGUGGAUGUAGCUAUGCAGGACAGGAAGGAUAAGUGUGAGCCAGCAUGUGGUGUAUUGGGAGCCUGGUAACAAUGGAUUAUACAGGGGAAGGAUGUCCUGGCAGGAACAGGAGUGAUGACAGUAAUAAACAAUGCCAGCAGCCACCGUGUAUGAAGUACCUACCACA